AUGCUGCUGAAUUCCAGUAACGACCUCUGGGCUACGUCCAACGCCAUGCCAUGCGCCGGCAAAUCCACCACAAGUGAGAUUGAUCUCAUCCUAGUUUACAGUAAAGACCUCGCGACCGACGCCAUGGCAAGCCAGGUCGUCGCGGAGCUCGAAACCACCUUCAUGAACAAUGCGUCGGCCUGGGUCCAGUGCUUCAGGGGCAUCAAGAACAUGUCGGCCAAGCUCAACCCCGAGCAAGAUGUGUACGACAGCAACGGGUACACCACGAACAAGCACUGGGUGUCCGGUCCCAACACCGUCUUCAAAAGCAUUAUGGAUGCCAUGAUGACUGGCCCCUACAUGGGCAUGUACGAUUCCUUCUUCCUCAUGGAGAUGGACGCCGUUCCCAUCAAAGCCAACUGGCUCGAUCAAUUCGAGACAGAGGCCCUGGAAAUGCCGGGAGGCAACAUGGCCGUGCGGGGCAGCCAGUACCUAGGUGAUAAGUGGGACCUGUUCAAGCACAUGAUGCCCGACUACCUGGUCGACCACAUCAAUGGCAAUGCUAUCUACAAUCUCAACAACAACUGGACCCAGUACCUAGUCAAUGCCUUCACCACACAGGGCACUACGAACAUGAUGGAAGAAAUGGCCUUUGAUGUGGCUUUCGCCAUGAUUACCAUGGCCGCGGAGUCCGGAUCUGAUACUACGUUUGCUGCUGCGUGGGCGAAUGUCGCGGGCACCAACACGACGUACAACCCGAGUUCCAUGCUCGUGGGAAACUACGCCAACACUCUGCUGAACACCAGCUAUGAGUUCCCGACCUACAUCCGCCACGGCUCGAACAAGAACCUGUUCGAGAACUUGCCGGAUGACAACGUUACGUUGGUCGUGGCUUGGUUCGACUACCAGGGCCACUUUCUCGAGACGGUGCCCACCCAUCACCCCUUCAAGAAGAUCAUCGGCCUCGCUUACUACGAGCAGUCGAUGAACUCAAGGGAAAUUCCUGCCCCGGAUGGCAACGUCACGCUGACGAUGAAGCCGGCCACAUCGCAGCCCUUCUACCACCUCUGCGAGGCUGCCAAGUCGGUGGACACCAAGUGGUUCGCACUCACGGACAACUACCACAUUGUCAAAGCACCAGUGAGCGUGCUCAUGGAGACGAUGGACAAACCCGUGCUGCCCUACGUCCUGAAGGACUCCAGGUACUGCGGAGAGCGACCCAACUGCAAGGCUUCCAUGGAGCAGGCAGAAGAUCUGUUCGGUAUCGUCUUGAACUAUCACCAUGACAAGUAUGAGGUCUUGUACAAGACUGUCGAUGCCCUUGCCUUUUGCGAUGCUUGGGAUGUCGCCACGACCGGCAAGGAUUGGGGCAACUGCAGCCUUGCCUUCGGCCCAACAGCAGACGACUACAUCGCUUGGAAGAUCAGUUCUCCUACGUUCAACGUGAGUGACGAGUUCACCCCAAAGGACAAG